AUGGAUGGUGCCAUUACACUGGAAGCAUCCGAUCGGAGUUUUCCCACGCUUCUUCAUCUUAUUGCUUCUUACUGCUCAGUUCCGGACAUCCUGCCUCUUGCGUUACGUCUCCCACAGCCGAUCUGGGAGGCUUCCACCUGCCAGGAGCUGGAAGCCAUUGCACACCUGGGGCUAGAAUUCUGGAAUUCCUCUCUCAAUGCCAAGGAACCCACCCGACUGGCUUCCCUGGGAUCUACUUCCGGCACGGGUGCAGUCUCCCCCUCCCUCCCUCUAAGGGACCCCCAGGGUUUGCACGGGCCCCAGAUGGGUGGGGAACAGCCCAGCGAAGCCCCUGGCCUUCCCUCCACCUCUCUUGAUAGCCCAUCCCUGGAAGACGUGAGCGUCCGACGCCAGUAUUUCAAGAGUAACAUCAAGGUGCAGGUUUCCACCGAGGCUGCCAGCCCCCUCUCCCCACCGGCAGCCCCACCGCCCCCCAUUCCUGCUUGA